AUGGAGAGCUGCUGCCGCUCGUGUAUGCCGUGUCUGGGCCGGCUCUGGAACUGGGUAUGGCCCGACUUCCGCUACCCAGACGUCCCCAACAGCCACAACCAUGUCAUCGCCAACCCGGCGGCGCAGGCGGCGGAGAUCCGCACCGUGUCCGGCGACAUCCGCGCGCCCUCGCCCAAGAAGCGGCCGGUGCAGCUGUACGCGGCGCUCUUCGACUUCGUGGCCCGCAGCGACGACGAGCUGACGGUGAAGGAGGGCGACAAGCUGUCGGUGAUCGAGAAGCGCGGCGAGUACGUGCUGGCCAAGAAGCUGACCGGCUCCCUGCAGUCCGGCCUGAUCCCGGCCAACUACGUGGCGCUGCUGCAGGACGAGUUCGCCAAGCACAAGUGGUACUACGGGAACAUAAACCGAGUGAAAGCCGAGAAGCUGCUUCUGGCUUCCCAAAACAAAGAUGGCUCCUUCCUGGUUCGCAUCAGUGAGAGUCACAGUGACGAGUACACAAUCUCAGCUCGCAGUGAGGGGAAGGUGUACCACUUCCGGAUCCAGCGCUCCACCAUCGGGGCUUACUUCGUCUCCGAUAAGCUCUCCUUCGCCACGCUGGGAGAGCUCAUCUCCUACUACCAGAAGAACCCCCGCAGCCUGGGAGUGCUGCUGGUGGAGCCCUGCGCCCAGCAGCGGGAGCUCUUCGACAUGGAGCCGUGGGAGAGACCUCGGGAGGAGUUCAAACUCCACAAGAAACUGGGCGAGGGUCACUUCGGAGAGGUGUGGGAGGCCCUGUGGACCACAGAGAACAAGAAAGUGGCCAUAAAGAUGCUGAAGCAAGAGGACACGAAGCAGGACGAGUUUGUGAAGGAGGUUCAGGCGCUGAAGAACCUCCAUCACCCGAAGCUCAUCCAGCUGCUGGCCAUGUGCUCCAGAGGAGAGCCGGUCUACAUCGUGACCGAACUCAUGAGCAAAGGAAGCCUCAAGUCCUACCUCGCCUGUGCUGAAGGCCAGGUGCUGACGUCCGCCCAUCUGAUCUACAUGGGCAGUCAGAUCGCAGAGGGCAUGGCCUACCUGGAGGACAGGAACAUCGUCCACAGAGACCUGGCGGCCAGAAACGUUCUGGUGGGAGACGACCUGGUCUGCAAGGUGGCCGACUUCGGACUGGCUCGGAUCAUUAGGGACAGUGUUUAUACGGCGAGUCGAAACACAAAGAUCCCAGUGCGGUGGACGGCGCCUGAGGCGGCGAUUUACCAGCGGUUCUCUGUAAAAUCGGAUGUUUGGUCGUUUGGCGUGCUGCUGUACGAGAUGAUGUCACGCGGCAAAAUGCCUUAUGAAGGAAAAAAUAAUAAGGAGGUGUUGGAUCUGCUGUCAUCGGGAUUCCGGCUGCCCUGUCCAACCCGCUGUCCUCAGAAUAUUUACCGCAUCAUGAUGGACUGCUGGGCCGCCGAGCCCUCCAAGAGACCCUCCUUCCACGCCUUGCACAGCCAGCUGGAUUCAAUCUAUGCCAGGAUAUAUUUCAAGACAAUAGAGGUAUAGAAAGAGGGAGACAUGGAGGGAGAAAAAGGACAGUUAGCGCGUAUGAAUGGCGCAAGGGCAAUUCCUUCCGCAACUGGUCUGGGACGGCCAACGCGAAGGAGGAUGACGACGGGAUAGCACGGGACAUUGUCCUCCCUCGUGCGAUUACACUUCUACAACAGGGUACAUGUACUUUACGAACACCGUCAGAGCAUCAGAAACUGACAUCCGCAGGUGAAACGUUCAAGAUGGAGACACAAUAAGAGGUUGCUCGCCAAGUCAAAUGAGAAAGGGGGGGGAGUGAAGAAGGAAAAUGAGGAAUACUUCCAUUUUCUUUUAGGUUAAAAGACAGAGACUGUUAAACAAAUGACUGGAAACAGCCUGAGAAAGGUGUGUGAAUACACUCCUACCUAAAAAAAACAACUACUUCACACUAAAACCCUCUGCACAUUCUCAGCACCAACUGCUUUUAAUUUUAUACCCUUCUGAGCGUUUUAUAAAUAAUAUUUUAUUACUUCUGUACGUGCCCUGUCUGUGUAUGCACAUUUUUGAAAUGUUAUGAAAUCACAGGGCAGGACUUGAGACUAAUCACCUGUCUUUUGAUCGCAAAGCCAGUGCUAAAAUUGAGGUUAUGUGCAAUAAUGAAAAUGCUUACUGGGUUGUGUUUUUAGCCAUGCUGGGGGCCUGGUGCUCGGGACGCUGAUGUCUGACGGUCCAGCUCUCAGACCGAGAGAGAAAGAUUUGGUACAGACACCUUCGCAAUCCCCAAAGAAUGAAUCUAACAAAGUGUGGUGAUCCCGUGGCAUCACCAUCAGGUCAGAGUUCGCUCUGGGCCAACACUUACACUUUUUUUAACUGUACCUUGAGAUUAAAGGUGUCUUUAAACAGGAGGAAUGAUGACAGCGAUGCACAUAUUGCAAGUAUUGUUUUAAAAUAUAGAAAUUCUAAAAAAAAAUGACAUAGUAUAUCUUGCAUGUCGGCGCUGAUCGAGCAGAGAAGGUAAGCCUGAGAAGUUCCACGUGGCCAGUGUUCAGAAAAUAAACCCUUUGAUUAAUGAAACUACAUUACUGUAUUACCACCCACGGGGCAAACCUUUUAUAUUUCCGUCCCACUAGUCGUGAUGAUCUAAGUUCAAAGGGGCUCCCAAUAAAAAAAAUAAUCUCAGUGCAUGAUCUAGAGUGCAUGGUGCACUCAGUUUGUUCCACGUCCACGUUUAUUACACAAGGCGGGGUCGUUCAAAAGGAUUGUACUCGAGUCGCAAAGUAUCAAUCUUGGCUACGUUGAGUGUAUUUGCGUCGUUCACCCGCCGACGUCGGUGAAUGUUGCCAUCUCGAUAGUGCAACCUUAAAGUAACAUUGACGUACGGCGACUUUGCCUUCGGACCAGGUUUCUGUUGGUCAAAAGCGCCGUUGCUUUUCCGCUGCCUCACGAUAUCAAUGCAACAACAAUGUGCCUGAACACGCCUCAUUUUAAGACCCAACACUCGGCCCAUGAUCGGUUUGCUCUGUAUUUUUUUAAUCCAUCCACCAGGUUGUGUUUUUUCCGGGGUCCCUAGGAUGGCUAAACACCGUUUGUCUUGUUAUUGACUGCAGGCAUACAGUAUUCUGUCCAGACUACCUUCUGUUACAGGGAUUGGAGAAGGUUUUUGGCAACGUGUUACAUAUCUAAUACUUCUAGUGGGGGGAAUUAUUUUUAUCCUUGUGAUACAUUUAAUAGUGGCCGAUUUGAAAGGCCAGUCGGCCACAGUGCCAUAUGUGCAGGCCGUAAGUUAUUAAAGCUCUUCUGCAGGCCCACGGGUUAAACUUGGAGUGCUCAUGUUUACACUAUACAGGCUCUAACACGCGUCAAACUACAAGAUGAGGACAGUGAGAACUACAAAAAUGAACACGAGGGCAGAAAAAAAAAAAACCUACACGGAGAAUGAGCCACAUCCAGAAAAAACAGUUCGAGGGGGCAGUUUGGCUGGGAGUGGGAUUCCUCCGCCACAACGUUGUACAACAGUGUCGCAAUGCAACGUAAUUUAAGAGCAAUGCAACUUUGGUCUUUUUAUGCAUGACAUUUACAGACGAAGCCAAGUUCAGGAAACUUGAGCCAUAAUCACCGAGGCCAAAAGACUGAGUUUUGUGAUUUUAAGCUGUGUGCCAUCAGGUACCAAACACUAAAAAAAAAUAAAGUAUUUUAAGUAUU